GAUUAGUCUGUUUCAUUUGAUUCGUACUCAUUUUAAUGGAAAAGGAAAUAUCAGUCGUAAAGACAGGUUAUUUGUUGAAAUGGCUGAUCAAACGUUGGAAGCUGAACUGGUUUACCCUGAAUGAAGAUGAACUGCGAUGUUUCAUCAAGAGAGAUAAAUCUGUCCUGAUUGAGUCUAUACCUCUACAGGGAGCAUCAGUGGUCUGCCCCUGCUAUGAUGAGCCUGAAGUCAAUAUUGAUAGAGCCUUCAAGCUGACAAGCCCCAAUGGCACGGAGAUGCUCUUCCUGGCUGCCGGACUCCAAGAUCGGGACAGAUGGGCACAUGCUAUUGGGGCAGUUAUUCGCUCUAUCACCACUUCUAGUCAGACCUCAAAUAGCCCAGUAAAGUUUCAACCGUUUAGAGCAAAAGCAAAUGUGAGUGAGGUAUUGGGAGCGUUGCAAGACCCUGAUGCUGGUGUAGAAAUGACCAACCACGUUCGCAAUGGCAUUGUCCACAAAAACUGCUUCAAAGGAAGUGACAUCAUCAAGUGGUUACUAAGAUGGAAUAUUGUGCGUCGCCGUGGCGAUGGUAUUGCCAUGGCGCAGAGUCUCCUGAAAUUAGGCCACCUACAGGAAGUGGAUGUGUCAGACGGCGCAGCAGGGGCUUCUCAGAGUUUCAAGGAUGAUGAGAAACUCUACAGAUUUACGUCUCUAAACCUGGGAGUUCAGCGGAACAGCUACUUUGACAGUUCUGACAGUGACUCGAGUCUGUCUGAUGACGAGGAUGAUGGGAAAAUUGUUGAACGAGUUAAGAAGGGGAAAAUUAUAAAGGCUGGGUUCCUGUGCAAGAAGAAAUCCCUGAGAAAGGGUUGGCGUUUUGUACGAGUUCUCCUAAGAGACAGCCAGCCAAUGCUGGAGUAUGAAAGCCCAUUCAGGUCAAAGGAACAGAAGACAGAUCCUAAAAAUCAGAGCAAGGUCAUCGAUUUACAAAAGUGUUUCUUGGCCGAGUCUAGUCGUAGGAUGAUUGGAGUAAAGAUCCAGCAGGCGCCUGCCAAGCUUCGCAUUUACUUGCGCACAAAGGGAGGUAAAUGUCGCACGUUCCAGACAAAAGACGAGGGGGAAUGGUUUGAGUAUGCCAGUCUCCUACAAACCCUGUGUGGAGCCACGCCCCCUCCGGUUAAAAUUAAGACCAAGGAGAAAAAUACCGAAAAAGUCAAGGACAGGGUGGAGGAAGUCCCUGAAAAUGUAGGUGAGGAGAAAGCGGGUGAAGUUAAGAAAGUCUCUGAAAAGGCUGAAAAAGUUGCUGAAAAGGUGGAAAAUUUACCCCCAAAAAAUGAUGUCAUAGAAAAAGCUGAAAAGAUUACAGAUGAAGUGGAGGAAAUUUUGAAUUAACAGAAUUGAAAAUAAUGAAAAAGGAAAGCCGUGAAUGUACCUGAAAAGUCAGAAAAUGUUUCGGAACUUUUGAUAAGAGUAGUGCUGGCAUGUUCUUAGAGAUUAGACGAUAGGAGUAGUGAGAUGAGUUUUGGUAGUUAAAAUCACAAAUCUUAAUCGCUAUAACAUGUAUAUCAGUGCUUUUGUUUUUGCUACAUUAAAUACAUUAUACCUUUAUACUUUAUCUAGGGUUUUAGCUAAAGAGUUGUCCUGUCCUUUUUGGCUAGCACCUCUCUGCCCUUAUUUAGACCAGCAUUACGAUUUCAGCUUAAGAGUUAUAGGAGGUAGCUGCAUCCUGUCUUUUUUGGCUAGCAUCUCCAUACCCUCAUAAAGAGCAGCAUGGUCAACCAUCUGCCUUCCUAAAAUUGAAUGCUGUAGAUAAUCGAACAAUUUCUAUGCUUUAUUUGAAAGCUUAUUAUAUGAUUAAAAAUACUUACAAAAUUAAUAUAUCUGGCAGUGGAAAGCUAAAAUAACUUCAAUUAAACACAUUUUUUACAUUUGUUUUUGUCAAAUUUAUAAUAGUUCUUCACAGCCCGAAACAAUGUGCCAAUUUCACCCUCAGCACCCUGUCCCUUUUCUACAACACUCUUUUCCUUUUUAAACCCUGGCUUUUUAUCUUUUAAAUAGAUGUUUAGAAUAAGUUAAACAAUUAAAUACAUGUUGCAUUCCAACUGGUCAAAGGAUUUUAAUUGAGUUAAUGGUUUUUGCAUGUUUUAGAUAUUGCUCUCUUCUUUAAGCUGCACUCUCACAGAUUGAACGUUUUGACAACUUUUUUAUUUUUUGUCCUGGAACGAGCCAAUUUUUGCAAAUAUCCAGGGAAACCAGUGAUAAAAGAAUGCUGACAAAAGAUUAGAUUGCAGAUUUUUAUAUUUAAGUUCAAAAUCUUUUAUGCAUUUUUCUUAAAAGGAUAGUAACGGAUAAGAUUGCUGACAAAAAAUCAGAUCGUAGUUUUUCAUCAUGUUAGUAACGGUUUAAGCCAUAAAACAUUUUUUUGAACGGAAAUAGGAAAAACUAUGAUCUGAUUGUUUGUCAGCAAUCUUAUAUCAUUGGUUUGAAGAUGUUUACGCAAAAAUUUGUUUUUUCCAACACAAAAAAUAAAAAAGUUGUAAAAUGGUGAAUCUGUGAGAGUGCAGCUCUAAAAUGUUCUGUUUAUAACACACUUUUUAUAAUUUGAGCCCUACAGCUACUGAAUGCAAAAUAGUUUUUUAUUUUUAAGGCAUUCAGAAUGUAGAGUGUUAUGUGUUUCACGUGUUAAAUCUGCACUUUGUCUUCCUGUGUUUUACAUUUUAUUUCUUUUAUAAAUUAAAGUCUAUGAACAAUAGUGAGAGAAAUAAAGUUGUAGACAAAGAGCUCAAUCAAUAGUAUCUAAUCACUUGUGAAUCUGUUAUAUGCAUCAAUAUGCAGCAUGCUUUGGUAACUAACGAACAUACGUUUAUUUUGAAACAUGCUUGUUCUACUGUUUUUUUGUGGAAAAAAAUGGUAAAAUACAAGUGUUCAACAUAAGUCGUUAUAAUAUAUCUAAAGGUUUGAUAUGCUGCAUGCAUGUUAUUCAUGUUAUUUUAAUCCUUGAAUCAAAUUUUUCUGUAUUAUAUAUUUACAUAGAAUUUUAACUUUUUUAAGAAAAAAUAUUCAGUGUUCUAAGCCUUUGUGUUGUUGUUGUUGUUGGCGUUGUACUCUUCACUGUUUCCGUCAUGCCAUGACUCAAGAUAUUCAAAUAUCUUGGUACAAACUCAGUAAGUAGAGACGAUACCCACAUGUUUAGCGAUGCUGAUAACUCCGGUUUUAAUCAUUUUUGAGUUAUGCCCCUUUUUCAACUGUAAAGUAUCAGAUGAGUGGUGGUGUUCACAAUGCAGCGCUCUUGUUAUUUAUUUAGUUUGUUUAUUAGUUGUGUUCAGGGAAAUUAUCAAUACCUAUGCAAACUUUGUUUGAUAGUUUAUAGGAAAUCCUGUUAACUGGUUGUUUAGCCCAGAAGUUUUGUUGCACAAUGUGUGUUCAAUAAAAUAAUGUAACAGUAUUGUCAGCUUAGUAUAGAAAAUAUUGUUUAAUAUGCAUUUAAUACUGUACUGUUUGUUUAAUGUUUUUGCAGUGUGUGUAUACCACGUGAUAAAUUAUGUCAUAUAUGCUACAUCAGAAGGCAACAUUUUUGCUUAAAAUGAAUACUUAAAUCAAAGAUAACUUUUCUUUUACAACACCAUUUUAAAUGAAACAAAGGGGACAGUCUAUGGCGCUGAAAGAGCCCUGUCUUUGUUUUAUUACCAGAGUUUGAUAAGGUUAUUAGUUUCAGUGACAAACCUGUCUCCGUCAGACGGCCGUAUUGUGCAAAAGUUUGUCGAAGUGUUUCAUGAAACCAAACUCUCAAUCGAAGUCUGGUAACGACCAAAAGCAGUGAUCCAUAAGCGGCGUAGACUGUACCAUGUUUCAUUUAAAAUGGUGAAGAAAAAGGAAAGUUAUAUUUGUUUAAAACCUUUAUGCGAAGCAAAAUAUUGCCUUCCGAUGUAGCACUUAUGACACCAUUUAACACAUAGUAUACACACACUGGUUAGGGCUAUUCCAGUAAAACAUAUAACCCCCGGAUGGGAGGAAAUUAUUUUAAUAGUGUGUGGGUGGUGUCUUUUUUCACUUAUUUGGACCCCAAAAGGGUGAAUUUGCUUCUGUAGGGGGGUGGUAUAAUUUAAGAGUGUUUCUCCCCUGGGGUUAUAUGUUUAAAUGGAAUACCCCUUAGUUUAUUAAUCUUAAGUUUUGUUGAAAAAUGCGUGUUCAAUAAAAUAAUGUAACAAUAUUGUUUUGUAAAUAUAGACAAGAUUGUAAAAUAUGCAUUUAAUACUGUAUUACUCAAUUUACUCUUUUGCAAUAUUUUUAUGGAUAUUGAUGGAUCCAGUACUCUGUGGUACACAUAACUCCUUCUAGUCUGAAUUGGGCAGAGCCAUCAAAAUGCAAACAAUAAUUUUGUUAUUUUUUUUGUUGAUCAAUAUGAUAUCUGUAAUAGUACAGAAUAAAUCACAUUCUCCACAAGUCUAUGAACAAAAAUAAUUAAGAAGUUCAUGGUUAAUGAAAAAUCAUAGAAGUUCUGUUUUGUAUAUAAAUGAGCUUACGAUCUUGUGCUUUGUGCUUAAACGAGGUAUAGAUUCUAGGUUUUAUGGUCUCCAGUUUAAAUGUUGUUAAUUGCAUUAAAUGUAUUGCAUUUCAAAUUAUAUAAUUAUCCUCUAUAAAUUCAAUUCUAUCAAAUACCUUUAACGAAACAAGACGUAUGAGAAAGCAAUAGAAAAUGGUUGGUUUACAUAAAAUCACUGUUGGGCAUCACACAAAUGUCUUUGUGACCACACUGAACAUUUGUGUAGCCCUAGAAAUUGUUUCUAUAAAUGUUUUUCACUUUUUUAGUCUAAAUCAGAAACAUAAGGCUUGGUUCAUAGACUAUUUUAGAUUCAUGAUAUUAUAGUACAUUUUAAUCAUAUCUGUUUUUAGUGUUUCAUGUUUUGAUUUUGUUUCCCAUGUAGCAGUCAUUUGUUUUAUAGUACUGUUUUUUUAAGCAUGCUUUAUAUAUAUUAUAUAUAUAUAUAUACCUAUAACAUUUUUUGUGAAUUCUUUAUUUAAUGAAGUUCUUAUAAUAGUGCACAUAUUAAAUUUAAAAAUUAAAAUAAAUAUUUUUUAAAUAGCAUUUCCAAUAAUAAAUAAUUGGCUGUAAAAUUGUUCAAAAUUUAAGAUUUUGAAGUACCCCUAAUUUGAAAUAGUCAUCGAUAAGAAAUCAUUUUUUUACGAUAUGGGCUUCAAAUUCACUCAAUGAAAUAUAUUGUAUGGUAACAAAGACUGAUAAAUGUACUGGUUAGUGAAUGAAUUAACUGCCGAUCCUCCGUGAUAUUUCGCUCUUGUACUCAAUUAUAAGAUGAAUUUAAGAUCAUGCUUGCUAAGACACGGCUCUGUCUUCACUUUCAUUUUAGAUCAUCUAUUUUUUGGCGAUAAGGAGCUGAUUGUGCAAUUAUUUUAAUCUGAGGCGUUUAAUUGAAAGCCAUUCUAGAUAUUUCAAUGAAACUUGGUACACAUACAUAAGACACACUACACACCUGUUUAGCAUGGCCCAUAACUCUUUAUUGCUUUGAUCUCUGUUAUUAUGCAAGGAAAUUGUAAAACGAUUCAAUUCAAUUUCUAACAAAGUUUGUAAUUUUCAUAAUGAAAGACCUGUGUUUAAAUUUCACAAAACACUUUUCUGUUGUUGUUUUUUGUGGUUUUAUUGAUCAAGUUUGUGUGAUGAAAAUUCUUAGAAUCUUAACCGCCUGCAUUGUGUUCACAGUAUUAACCUACUUUUUUGAAGUGCAGUUGUUUAUGUUUGAUCUUUAUAUAGUGGUUUAUAUUGCUCAAUGUGCUGCUUGUGCAUUUUUUUAUAUCUUCAAUAUGUAACAUAAAGUCCUUUCUGUGUUUAGCUAUUAGGAAUUUUUCGGAGUUCUGAUAUGCAAUUUUAUGCAAUUAUCACUAGAAGUGACAUGACUAUCAUCGGCCUAAAUUGCUUCAAUAAUGUAUAUGUACAUGACACAUUUGAAGUUUGUUCACGCUAUGUGUACCUAGAUAGUAGAUUGGAAGUAAAUGUUGUUAAAUUUAUAACUCUCAAAGUUUAUCAUACAUGUCUGUCAACAAAUGCAGAUUUGACAUGUAUUGUUAACAGAAGUGUUAACAUAUUCAAUUUUCUAUGCAGGUUUCGGUGUCAUUUCACUGUGAAACAACUGGCAAAAUAAUGACCACAAAUUUUCGCAACGCAUACCACUUUUUAAAAACUAUUACACACCAGUAAGGAUCAUAUGCCAUUAUAAGGACCAGUCAGCCCCUAAAGGUGUAUAUGAACCAAGGCAUCAGCUGUGAAUCAUUCCCCUUCGGGUGCAGUCUGACAGUAAACUCCGGGCUGGCAAAAAUAUGUCAUUUAUUUAAAUACAGUGAUAUAUGGCUGAUUGGCUUUAUAUAAACAAAUAAGGGACACAUUUAUGUGAGGUUUAAUAUUUAAAAAAUAUAUGGAUGAAAGCACAACCUUUCUUCUUACCAUUAAAGGAAUGAGAAAAGUUUGUUUUAACCAUACACUAAAAUGUCAAAAAGGAUAUGAUUUCAUGUUUUCGAUAUCACAACAAUGGCAAUUUAACUUAUCUAUGUAGAUUGAGCUUUUCAGAAGACCGAUUUGUACAAUGUAAUUAUAGAUACUUUAACAUGUAAUAUUCUAUUUAAAUCAAAGUUUGUCAUAUAAUGCAUUCAAUGCACUUCAUCUUUAUAUAAAACAAUAUUCCCAUUCUCAUUUGUCUAAAAAGUAUAAUAUUCUUAAUCAAAUUGAUAUUGUAGAUUGCACAAAGUCUUACCACUAUGAAGUCGUAUCACUGAUACUUGUCACUAACGGAUUCAGGCGGGGGCGCAACCUGCGCACCCCCUCUAAAUUAUUCCAAAGUUUGCUUUUUGUGUCAAUAUCGGAUAAAAAAGUAAUACAAUACGCUCAAAAUGCACCAUUUCUGACUUAAAUUGUUAAUCAAUUCACGGGGAGUACCCCUUAACCCCCCCCCCCCGCCAACAUUUUAAACCAAAAUAUCUCGGCUCUGAGGAGGGGCACAGGUACCUGCCCCUACAUUACGCCCCCUUGAACAUAAAUUCCUGGUCUUGCCCCUGCUAGUAAGUGCCAAUAUAUUUUGAGAAGUUGUCCCACACAUAUAAAAAAUAUGCCUCAAAGUAAAUCAUUAUCGAAGAUAUGGAUGAUAUAUUUAGACUAUGGUUUAAAAAAGUUUAGAACAUGUGGUGUAAAAACCUCUACUUAAAGUCCAAAAAUAUGACAAAUUGCAUUGAUCUUAGUCAGUAUAGCUCUCAUUUAGCAACUUUACAAUGGUAUAUACUCAUAACAUGGGACUAUGCAUGGUGGUUUGACUUCAUGUUAGUACAAUUUCUCCUGUAUAUUGUAUACACCUUUUCUUAUGCUAUGUAUUGUUAACAUUCCUCUUCAAUCUUUAUCCAUUUUGUAAGCAGCUUUGGAACAAACCUUUAUCUUCAAUUGUCUGUUUUAUUUUGCAUUCCAUUGAUAUGAAAUUUUAAAGCUAACUUAGUGUUGAUCUUUUGAACACUUUUCUUUCAUAUAGCCCAUGCUACACUUUUGUAGCCGAACAAAUGCAAUGUUGAAAAGUUAUUUUCAAUAGGUUUGACAGAUAAUACUUCAUGUAGAUUAAGCAUCUAUUAUUAUAGUAAAUUACGUACAGUAUAAAGUACCACUUAUUGUUUAAGUAUAGUAUAAUGUACCACUUAAUGUUAAUUGUAGAUUGCUGUCCUGUAUGUUAAUCAAUCAUUAGCAUAGCUUCACUUGAUGUUUGUUGUUAAUAAAUCUAGAUUCAAAGUGCCAAAAUGUAUGCCAAUUGCAAUCAUAAAGUGUUCCGAUUAUAAACUAACAUAUUUAUUUUCCAUUUGAUCUUUUCAUUUUUAUAUGGUCUGUUGUUGUUUUUUUAAGGAAAAAAGUAUUGUCAUGUCUGUUGUGUCAGCAGCUGCAUCAAUGCCAUGCUUCAUGCAUCGUCGCCAUGCUUUGGGCAUCAUCGCCAUGCUUUGGGCAUCAUCGCCAUGCUUCGUGCAUUGACCCUUGCAAUGUGCAUCGUCGACAUGCUUCGUUAUUUUGACAACCGUUCAAAAAUAUUCACAUGAAACUUGGUACACAUGUUAUCAGUGACAAUAUGCAAACAUUUGGUGUCGGACUAUAUGUGCAACUCUGGAUGUAAUAAAUGUCCGGUUAUGCCCCUUGAACUUUUUUAUGAACAGAAGUUGAGUGUUCAUCCAUUUGCGGUGCUAUUAUUAUAGGUAUAUAAGUCAGUUUAAGUUGUAGUUUUUACAAUGUCUUAGUUACAGUACUGUAAAAAUAUAUUUUGUUAAUUCUUUAUCAUUUAAAAUAAUUGUUUAAACUUUAGUUAAGGCUGUCAGUCCUUCUGUUGAAUAAAGUUUUAAUGGAAACCAUGGUGGUUUAGAAUUUAGCAAAAGCACUCACUUUUUAUGGUAUAUGGAAUACUAAUGAAAACAAAAUGUGGGAAAUUGAUAUUUUAAUGAAAAACAAAAACACUUGCCUUAACUUUCAUUGCUUGAUGUCAUGUGAUUUUCUUGUAAGCUGUGUAUAGGCUUACUAGAGUUUCUGCAAUAGAGGGUUCAUUGUUUUCUUUCUUUAAGCUCAUCUAUUUUGAUUUUUGUAUUUUUUUCAAAGAAGAAACUCAUGGGUAUUUUCAAAGCCUUAGUUUUGUUGUGAUCAGCAUCAUGCAGUGUGAAAAGAACUUCGCCUUUGCCAUAACUUUAAAAACAUUUAAGAUAUUUAAAUGAAACUUGGUACACAUGUUGCCAGGGACAAUAUGCACAUGUUCAGCAUGACCCAUAUCUCUGUCCCGUGUAAUACUUGAGUCAUGUCUGUUUUUUGUCUGAUAAAUAACAGCUGAGCAUUGCUGUUUGCUCUGCAGCGCUCUUAUUGAAAAAUAUGUUGAGGUGUUGCAAUGUCUGUAUGUAUAUAUUCACUUGGAUAUUUUUUGAGUCAUCUGCUUUCAGUUAUUUUUCUUGUAUAAUCACAUUUAAGGAUGGAUGGUUUUGAAUUACACAACUACAUGUAUGUCAAAUGCUGCUUCUGUGGUAUAACUUACUAUUUGACUCAAAUUUGACUGAAUUUAUUUGUAGAGGAGUCACCAAUGUUGAUUUUGAUAAUUCCUCAAAAUUAUUUUGUUUUCUUCUUUAAAAUUAUUUUUGAACUCUGUCACCAAAUUUUUAAUCGACUACUUUAUCUAGAGAAAAGCAUUAUGGCUAUGAGAAUUGUGAACAAUAACAUUAUGAAUGGCAUAUGGUAUUUAUGUUAAAACAGAUAUCUUUAUUUUUCAAAUGUACCUAAUGGUAAUUUUGUUAUAUUAAAUUUGAUCUGUGUUCAUAAUUAAUAGUUCUGGCAAUAUUUUGGAACACCUUGUUUUAUUAUUUUUUUAUGAAACCCAGAUGGUGCUUUUGUUGACUUUGUUAUUUGUUUUUAGCAUAAUACCCGUUAUUUCCCUUCCAAAAGCAUGGCCUUUUGUAUACCCAAGGUUUUCUUCAUGUAAUCAUCUGGUUUUAAUAAAUAUUGUUGAAAAAUCA